GGAGCGCAGAGCGGGCGGGCGGCGGGCACCGGGCCGGCUUCGGCGUCCCCCAGCUGCUGGAUCUUAUCACCCCUGCCCUCCACACGCACCUCCCUCGCGGGCCGCGGCAGACCAUGCCCUCUCUAUGACGGUUGCUUGCUGAGCUAACUCUGCAUGCCAGAAGACUGUCCUUGGUUGAUCCAGGGGCUCUUGGGGACUCCGGCCUCUCCCCGGUUUUUCCGUGUGUGUGUGUUCCUCUAGAACUUUCAAAACUGUUUCUCCAAAGGGUUUUGCAGAAACUCAGACUGUUUUCUAAAGCAGAAGCACCUCAGUCCACAGCAGUAGUGAUGGGCAGCGUGCGAACCAACCGCUACAGCAUCGUGUCUUCGGAGGAGGACGGCAUGAAGCUGUCCACCAUGGCCGUGGCCAACGGCUUUGGGAACGGGAAGGGCAAGGUACACACCAGGCAGCAGUGCAGGAGCCGCUUUGUCAAAAAAGACGGUCACUGCAACGUCCAGUUUAUUAACGUGGGGGAGAAGGGACAGCGAUACCUGGCAGAUAUCUUCACCACCUGCGUGGACAUCCGCUGGAGGUGGAUGCUGGUUAUCUUCUGCCUGACCUUCAUCCUCUCCUGGCUUUUUUUUGGCUGUGUGUUUUGGUUGAUUGCACUGUUGCACGGGGAUCUGGAGAACCAAGAGAACAGCAAACCUUGCGUCUCUCAAGUGAGCAGCUUCACCGCAGCCUUCCUGUUCUCCAUCGAGACCCAGACCACGAUCGGCUACGGCUUCAGGUGCGUCACGGACGAGUGCCCCAUCGCGGUGUUCAUGGUGGUUUUCCAGUCUAUAGUGGGCUGCAUCAUCGAUGCCUUCAUCAUUGGGGCCGUCAUGGCAAAGAUGGCUAAGCCAAAAAAGAGGAACGAAACUCUGGUGUUCAGCCACAAUGCCGUGGUGGCCAUGAGAGACGGGAAGCUGUGCCUGAUGUGGCGCGUUGGGAACCUGAGGAAAAGCCACUUGGUGGAGGCGCACGUGCGAGCGCAGCUCCUCAAAUCCAGGAUCACGUCGGAAGGGGAGUACAUCCCCUUGGAUCAGAUAGACAUCAACGUAGGGUUUGACAGCGGCAUAGACCGGAUAUUCCUGGUCUCCCCAAUCACCAUAGUACACGAAAUAGAUGAGGACAGUCCUUUGUAUGACCUGAGCAAGCAGGACAUGGACAAUGCUGACUUUGAAAUCGUGGUAAUAUUAGAGGGCAUGGUGGAGGCCACCGCCAUGACCACCCAGUGCCGUAGCUCCUACCUGGCGAACGAAAUCCUCUGGGGCCACCGCUACGAGCCCGUGCUCUUUGAAGAGAAAAACUACUACAAAGUGGACUACUCGAGGUUCCACAAAACAUACGAAGUGCCCAACACACCCAUCUGCAGUGCCAGAGACUUAGCAGAGAAGAAAUACAUUCUCUCGAACGCGAACUCCUUUUGCUACGAGAACGAGGUCGCCCUCAGCAGCAAAGAGGAGGACGAGAUCGACACGGGGGUGCCUGAGAGCAUGAGCACAGACACCCACCCCGACAUGGACCACCACAACCAGGCCGGCGUGCCUCUGGAGCCGCGGCCGCUGCGGCGGGAGUCGGAAAUAUGACCGGCGGACUCUUCCUCUCCCUUUUGGUUGAAAGUUUAAAAUAAAAACAAAAAAAACAACCCACAGCUACCGGUCAAAGGCACGUUGUUGACCUGAGAAGUUGGCCCAGAACAGUUUUCAGACAACGGUACUGUUGAAGAGUGUGGUGGGAAGGCAGCAGACCUGAGAAACCCAGGCUGGUUUUAGGGCUGUCCUCAGAGGAGGGACGACAGAAAGCGAACUCUAAACACAAAGCACUAAACAUGUCUAAGUAUGAACAGAAGGCACAUAUGUUGUAGAAUAAAUUAUGUAUAUAUUUUUUUACAAAACUUGAACUUGCAGGCAAGCUUUGGUUGGGUUAUUAUUAUUUUUUUUUUUCAACUUUUUCCAGAAUGCUUCUCUCUAGGGAACAAGAAUGUUUUUAAUGGCAUAACAAAGGCAAGGAUCUGCCUUAUUAUUAUUAUUAUAAUUAUUUUUUAAAAAGCUGCUGCUAACUACAUGAACACAAAUGGUUAUUUUUGUUGCAGUGUAGUUUUUAUUUUCUCUUGUGUAAUUUAAAAAAAAAAAAAAAAAAAAGAAAAAAAAGUCAGUGUUGAACUUUUUGGGUUGAAAAGCUUGUGAUCAGUUCAGAGAGGCCGAUGUUGCCAGAAAGUCUAAACUCCUUUUGAGGCCAGUAGUUUGAUAGCUAGAAUCAAUUUCUCUCUUUCCAAUUACAUAAGGGGCAUUAUGUAAUAUCAGGCCAAUCAGUAGCCUCCAGCAAAAUUAUGAUUUUUGGGGGGAGAAUUUAAUUCUCUGUCUAAAGUGAGACAAAAUAUACGUAUACGUAGGAAAAAGUACUAAGUGAAAACUACCUAAGUGGAUACCAAAGAAAAUGCACAGUUUUGCACAGUGGAGUUUAUUUAAAAAAAAAAAAAAAGAAAAAAAAAAGGAACAGGCUGCUUUAAACAAAAAAAAAAAAAUCAAACCUCAGACACUUUUUUUUGGUUUUGACUUUUUUUCUUUUUUUUUUUUUUUUUCUUUUUUUUUUCUUUUUUUUCCUUUUUAAGACCUUUAUUUUGCACCUUAUUCUAAAAGCUUAAGGCUCGGAUCUAAAGUGAGCUGGGCCUCCUCUCCUUCCUCCUACUCUUCGAUGGGGAAAUAAAUUCCCUCUUUCCUUGUGAGAAGAAACUCAGCAGCCUGGAGCUGGCCCUCGAGCUCCUCAGCUCCGAGUGGGAAACUGUGCCAUGGAGCUGCUGGUCGAUGCCAGAGGCCGAGGCUGCAGGAGCACGUGUUUGGGCACGGCUGAGCCAAGCAGCAGAGGAACCCCCAGGAAGAGGUUUUUGAGGAGGAAGGAAGAGGGGCAAACAGCUUUGACAGCACAGCACUUGGGAAGGGCAGAGGGAUUGCAGGAUUUUGUACAAAAUGCUUCUCUUCAGCAGGGCAGGGGUGUCAAAAAGGUGUAUUUUUCUCUCGUGUAGAGAGGGAUUAUUUGGGGAGACGAGGCUGCAAAGGGAGGUCCAUCCCCUGCCUCCUCUCCCCAAACGGAUGGUCAGUGGGUGAGACACCUCACCCAGCUCUGAGCUGAUUUGGUCACCCUCAGCCAAGCUCUGGCUCUGGGGGUGUUUUGGCUCCUUCACCCAGAAGGCUUUAAAUUCUCUGUGCCUCUAAGAUCAAGGAGACAGCGAACCUGUGCUUGGCCCCUGCUCCCCGGGGAGCGGAGCGGGGCGGUGGGGACGAUAAUCCCGGUCAACUCUUGCAGUAUUGGAUCACUGUAUGCCAUUAAAAAACAGCUUGUUCUAGGUCUAAUGUCUUCUGCAAAUGGAUAUCUGUGAAGGCCUCUGGCCCCUUCCAGCCCUGCCUGAAAGAAAUGCCUGCAAUGAAGUGGUUUCUGAUGAGAUGGUAUCUGCAGAGGGUGGGUUCAAAACUGUGGAGAUUUGGGGUUGUAAAUGUGGAUUUGGCUACUGGAGAGGGCAGAUGAUGAAGUGCAAGUACUGAGGCUGUUACUGGGGUGGGAGGGUGAGAAAGAAAAGGAAGGGUGAACAGAAAAAGGUGAUUUGGUUGCAGUUUCUGGGUCAACAGUGGUGGAGACAAUGGAGUGCUGCUAGUGCUGCUAAUUGUGAUGUUCUUGGAAAAGGAAAAAAAAAAACCUAAACCAAAGAGUAUUCAGUGAAACAGAGGGUGCAUGAAAAUACAACGGGAAGGGAGGCUGAGUGGGAGAGAAGGGACCUGUUCUCAGGUCAGCAUCCCCCAGGUGCACAGUGCUCCCACUAAAUGAUACUUGAGAUAUUCGAGGGAGGGAUGAGAGAUGGGGGAUAGGAAAUACAGGAUUCGUCUCGUUUCUUUAAAACACAAGAAAUUCAGAGAGAAAGAGAAAAAAAAAAAUCCCCUCCCCCCUUAACAUUUCUGGUGCAGAGGUUUUGGGUUUGUUUGUGUUGUUUUGUUUUUGUUUUCGUUUUUUUUUUCUUCCUGUUUUGUUUUGUUUUUCAAGUCGGUUUUUGCAGAAAUAUUUUUAAAAUGUACAUUUUAUAAAGUUUAUCAAGUAUUUUCAUAUUUAAAGCCAAAUGUAAAUAGAAGUCUGUAAAGGAGGACAAGGAGAAGACAACGAAAAGGCCACUCAAAGUAUCAAUUCAGCUCGGCAGUCUCGGCUCACUAGUACUAGAUGCUACAGGUUAGCAUGAUUUUUAGCAAAUACUUGCAAGCCUUAUAGGACUCCUAAUGCUAUGAACUUUAUUUAUUUUCAAGCAUGGACUUUUCAUUUGAAAACAUGUUCUAGUUACUGGCAUUUUUCAGAGUUACCAGCUAGUCCUGUCGAGGGGGUGUGUGUUGGGGUAAUCCAUUACUCUCUGCCGUGUUCUUCUUUUUUUUUUUUUUUUCCCAACCCUUUGUCUUUGCCGACUGAACCUUCCAUUGCAGGCUUGCACUCGGCCUCUGGCUCCGGGGAAGCUGCUAAAAACAGACCUGCAAUGUAACUCCAUGGUACCACUUCCCCUUUCUCCAGCGGCUCCGUGUUUCCCAGCCCGGUGUAGGUCAGGCUAUUGUAGCACUUCUACAGCAGCAAAUUGGGUUAGUCAUUUAAAAAAAAACACGAUAUUUUUUUAAUAGACAGUGACUGACAGCGUUUCUUCAGUUCCUGUUGAUCCUGGGCCAAGCUGAUGCUGGUUUGGGGGCCCUUCAAACUGACUGAGCUCUGCCCACAGACUCCGCCGGGCUCUGGUUUAUCCAGGAUCCAGUUGGCUCGCACAGAAGGUUUAUACUGUAUCUUGCUUAGGGGCUGGGGGGGAAUAUGUUAUUUCUGCCCUUCCCUGAAAAUACUUGAAUGAGACACAUUGUCUAAACCAUAAUAUUGUGUACAGUGACAAAAGCGCUCCGGGGGCAGCCGGGGAUGGUUCCCUUCCUUCCCCCUCUCUUCCGUGCGAGUUGGCCUUGGUGAAGCAGCAAAGGCUGGAAAUCCUGACUGUAUCAGCUGGGGUUGGUGACACUCUCCCAGCCACGAGACACUUUCUGUGGGGUUAGUUUAGCACUCUCUCGUCUCGGGAAAGACAAAGGGUUCAGAUAUUUAAUUUGUUUUCUCUUAGGUCUUCUUUUCUUUCAUAAUGGAUUACAAGGUAAAACUGAGAAGUACUGUAAUGUCUUUAAAUUAUGGCUGCUCACCACCAUUGUGAAGUAGAAGGUGCUGCAUAGUUGCCACUCCACAGCCAACGAGAAGCUGAUUUUGUAAGGACUUUUGGCCUGCAGCUGUUGUAAGGUGAACAAUCUUGGCAUCUGACAGUUGUCCAUGACUAUUUUCCUGUUUGCAGCCUUUUUGUAUCAAAGUCUUCCUAAUGUACUGCACAAAUUGUGGAUUGUACAGAUUUUUAUAUAUUAUGUCUUAUUUUAUUAUUUCUAAAUAAAUAAAAAAAAAUAAUUGAGAAUGA